UGUGUCGUCAUCGGGCGCGUGAUGCGCUCCAGCGACCGACGUCUUUUGCUGCUUUUCCGGUGGUUUUCGCGAGUGCACAGCUGUUUUCGUGACCUUCGCAGGUGGCGGAAACCGCCGAUGAUUGUCGUCGAGGGAGCUAGUUAAACGGUAGCCAGAUAGUUUAAAUAGUUUCGAAACCGGUAAAGUAUGUGGGUCUUCGGGUACGGCUCGCUUAUGUGGAAAGCGGAUUUCCCAUACAACCGCAAGCUUGUCGGUUAUGUCAAGGGAUACGUGCGUCGGUUUUGGCAGGCCAGCGAAGACCACCGUGGAGUCCCCGGCAAACCGGGACGUGUGGUGACCUUGGUACCGUCGACGGACCCAAACGAUUGCGUUUGGGGCGUCGCUUACGAAAUACCCGAGGCUGAAAGGGAUGAAGUCAUCGGCCGCCUCGACUUCCGCGAGAAAGACGGCUACGACAGGGUGCAGGUGUUGUUCCACCCCGGCAAAUCCGAGGAGAAGCCCUUCUCGCUCACCAUUUACGUAGCGCAGAAGGAGAACCCCUUCUACCUGGGACCUGCCAAUGCGCUGGACAUUGCCCGGCAGAUCCACGAUGCCGAGGGGCCAAGCGGCUCCAACCGCGAGUACCUCCUCUCUCUCAUCGAGUGCAUGCGCAACAUCGCACCGCACGUUCGUGACCAGCACCUGAUGGACAUCGAGCAACACCUGCUCAACCUUGAAACGGUAGCGGCAGAAAAAAAAAAGACUCCAACGAGCCACGAAGAGAGCCGAAGAGCGCAGCAUGAAGACAGCCGGCGCGCUGAGGUUGCCUGAUGCCUGUGUUGAGUGAGAAGGCGGGAGGGGGGGUCACCCGUUGAAGAAUGUGAACUCUUUUAUCAAAAGUAUUGACUUUGUCUUAAACAAGGGCAUUGGUCAAAAGUGACUGAGUUGGUGCGAAACUCUGGCAGCUCUCUCGUGAUUAUCUGUUGGACAAGUGCUUGUCUCUGAAAGGCUGUAGUACUCACAUUCAAGAAGAGUAAAGUGUGCCACAAUGUUCCAAGAAAAUUUCUGCAAGACUGGCACAAAAUCGCUCAGCAAAUUGUUUUGAUGAAAAUCUGUGCUACUACUUUGUGCACGCUGUGGCUUGUAUUGCUAUAACGACGGCCGUUAAAAAUAAUUUUCCUUGAAAUAUUUAUGCUUUAUGCUCGGUUUCCACUCAUGAAGCAAUUAGCAUAGUGUGAGCCCACAUUGGUUGCUUUAAAAUUCAAUAUCCUUUUGUACACGCAUCCGUUAGUGCGUGUGAUAGAAUUUGCUUACAAAGCUUUCUACAUAUUUGGGUAUUCAGGAAGGGCACACUGAUUAGUUUAGAGAAAAUUGCAGCAGGACUGCCACAGGAAUUAGACUGCUCAUUGUAUUGGUGAACCUCUAUGCAUCUGUACAUAAUGCUGGCUCAAGCUCAGAUUUUGCUAGGAAUGUGGUGAGCAUAGCAACGGCAUCCGUCUUUCUGGUUUAUAGUUCAGUAUCCAUCCUCUCAGCGAAUGCAAUAGAAUUUGGUAAAAAUCUGUGCAACUACUUAAAACUGACAGGGGCUUGGUUACCACUAGUGAAUUUAUUAGUGUAGCUUCAGCCUGUAUGUUUUGGACUCAAGUUCAAGAUACUUUUGUGCACACAUCUGUCAGUGUAAUGUGAUGGAAUCCACUUUCUUAGUCAAGAUCCUAGUUGGGCAUUGUUUUUGUUGUGAUGACAGUAUGCCUGCUUUGUGUGUAGUUUUCGGUUCUCGGCCAAAGAAAAAAAAAUCGAGUGGCCAGUAUUCACAGCAAACAUGAAGAUGGAGAGUGAAUCGUCAAAUUUUUCAUUGCACCUUGUUCUUUGAGGUGCCACGCAUGCAUGUGCCUGUUACAUGAGUGUGUGGAAUCUACAAAUGUGCAAUAAAAGAAAAGUAACAAGCU